UAUUGAAUGCACCUGAUCCUCAUGAAUAUGUAAUGUAUGCUAAUGUGUUUCCAGGUGAAUCUAUAGAGUCAUCAUGCAGAGUACAGCGAACUAUCUGUGGAUGAUGAAUGACCUGCUGGGUCAGGGAGCCACAGCCAACGUUUACCGCGGUAGACACAAGAAAACCGGCGAUCUCUAUGCGGUUAAAGUGUUCAAUAACCUGAGCUUCCUGCGUCCGCUGGACGUCCAGAUGAGGGAGUUCGAGGUGCUGAAGAAACUCAACCACAAAAACAUCGUGAAGCUCUUCGCCGUUGAAGAGGAGUCAAACACGCGUCACAAGGUGUUGGUGAUGGAGUACUGUCCGUGCGGAAGCCUCUACACGGUUCUCGAGGAACCGACGAACGCUUACGGACUCCCGGAGGACGAGUUCCUCAUCGUUCUGCAGGAUGUCGUGGCGGGAAUGAAUCAUCUGAGAGAGUACGGGAUCGUCCAUCGAGACAUCAAGCCUGGGAACAUCAUGCGUGUGAUCGGAGAAGACGGACGAUCCAUCUACAAACUGACCGACUUCGGAGCCGCGCGUGAGCUGGAGGACGACGAGCAGUUCGUGUCGCUCUACGGCACGGAGGAGUAUCUGCAUCCCGACAUGUACGAGCGAGCAGUUCUGAGGAAAGACCACCAGAAGAAAUACGGAGCCACGGUGGAUCUGUGGAGCAUCGGAGUCACGUUUUAUCACGCCGCCACCGGCUGCCUGCCGUUCAGACCGUACGAAGGGCCACGCAGGAACAAAGAAGUCAUGUAUAAGAUCAUCACAGAGAAGCCGUCCGGCGCGAUCUCUGGCCAUCAGAAGUUUGAGAACGGGAAGAUCGAGUGGAGCUCAGAGAUGCCGAUCUCCUGCAGCCUUUCCAAGGGUCUUCAGAGUCUCCUCACUCCAGUGCUGGCCAACAUCCUCGAAGCAGACCAGGAGAAAUGCUGGGGCUUCGACCAGUUCUUCGCUGAGACCAGUGAUAUCUUACACCGCAUCGUGGUCUACGUGUUCAGUCUGCAGCAGGCCACGCUCCAUCACAUCUACAUACACACAUACAACACGGUGAAUCUCUUCCAGGAGCAGCUCUUCAGAUGGACGAACAUAACUCCAUCCCAUCAGGACUUUCUGUAUGAGGGCCGGCACCUCGUCCUCGACCCAAACCGGCAGGCUCAGACCUUCCCCAAAACCUCCAGAGAGAAUCCCAUCAUGCUGCUGAGCAGAGACCCUGUCAACACCGUCGGCCUGCUGUUUGAGGACCCUAGCCCAAUUAAAGUCCAGCCGCGCUACGAUCUGGAUCUAGACGCCAGCUACACCAAGACGUUCGCAGGUGAUGUUGGAUAUCUGUGGAAGACGUCUGAUUCUUUGCUUCUGUACCAGGAGCUGGUGAGGAGAGGCGUGCAAGGCCUGAUCGAGCUGAUCAGAGACGAGUACAGUGAGACGGCGCACAAGAAGACGGAGGUGAUUCACAUGUGUAACUACUGCAGCCAGACGCUGGAGCGAACCGAGCAGCUGUGUGAGGUUCUGAUGCAGGGAAACCUCCUGUCGGCGGAGUGCGAUGAGAUCCGGGACGCGAGGAAGAAGGUGAUGCGGCUCUCCAGCUCUCUGGGCUCCAUGGAGCAAACGCUUCAGGACAUCAGCAUCAUGUUCCUGUCGGGAGGAAGUCUGACCGAUACGUGGAUGCAGCAAGUGGGAACGCACCCGGAGGACAGGAAUGUGGAGAAGAUCAAGGUUCUGCUGGACGCCAUCAGCAGCAUCUACCAGCAGUUCAAGAAGGACAAGGCCGAGAGACGUCUGCCUUAUAAUGAAGAACAAAUCCACAAGUUUGACAAGCAAAAGCUGGUUCUUCAUGCAACCAAGGCACGGGUGCUCUUCACAGACGAGUGUGCCAUGAAAUAUCGCCUCUUCAUCUCCAAGAGCGAGGAGUGGAUGAAGAAGUUCCAUCACGUUCGGAAACGCCUCUUGACUCUGACUGGUCAGUUCAGAAGCAUGGAACAGGAAGUGACCCUGCUCAUGCAGCGUGUGAAUAAACUGCUGGGGCUGUUACCGCAGAAGAUGGUGCCCAUGACGUCUGGAGGAAUCGAACCGCAGAUGUACCACAGUCCCAACACACUGGUGGAGAUGACUCUGGGGAUGAAGAAGCUGAAGGAGGAGAUGGAAGGAGUCGUGAAGGAGCUGAUGGAGAACAACCUGUUCCUGGAGAGGUUCGGGACGCUGACGGUGGACAGUGGUAUCAGAGCCGUGGACCGGAUGUGACGAGGUCGUCUCUCUCGGAUCAUCACAGCACAAAUAAUGCACUCUGUUAGUUGUACAUAUGAAAAGAAUGUAAAUAAUACACGUCUUAAACUUUACUUUAAGCCGUUAA